UAAACAAAGACCCAAUACCAGUUAACGUAAUAACUAGGUCACAAUGAUAUAAUGAGUUUAAAAAUAGAAGAAUUAUGCCUACUUAGAAGACAACAAACCCUCUAAAGUGUCGUUAGUUCUUAAAUAUAGGCUGUGUAGUGUAAAUCUCUCAACAAAAAUCUUAAAAAUGGAAAGGGUUCUUCCAAAGAUCUUGAGAACUAGUGUGAACCAGUCAAGAAAUGGUCUGGAGAUGGCUGAACAGGGCUAGUCACAUUGGUUUUGUAAAUUCUGGGUGAACCGGUCAAACAAAGAUAAUCUAACGCAAAUAUCCGUAUGCGGUGUUUGGGACAUGGUGACCGCAUUCUGGAUUCCAACUAGCUUCCGAUGUGGAGCUUCAGACUGUGGAUUCAUCUGGAGGGGCAAGUUUGAGAUUUGGUGUUGAUGGUUGCUGACGUGAUUGAGAAUUUUUACUUCCAGCAAGGUUUUCAUGGUUUGGUGUCAAGUGCAGCUGAUGUCGUUAGUAUUAGAAGCAACAACUUGGUGGAGUAGCUGGCAGAGGCUUCUUAUGUGUAUGGCAUUGGUGGUGUCAUCUACUGGAUUUUUAGAAUAGGCCAACAGGUUGCUGGGUCUGUUAUGUGAUCCUUGUUUUGGCUUUUGGGCUUUAGAAUUGUCUGUGGAUCUGAAAUUUUGUUAUCGUGUGGGAAUUUGAUGGCAAAAGUAGGACAUUUAGCUUUGAUGCCAAACUAAUGGAGGACAGCAGAUAAAUUAAAAGAUAAAUAGAAUUUACAAUCAUAGGGAUUGGCAAAAAUCAUAAUCACAGAGUUGUGAGAAAAUGUCAUAGUUUUUAUUUAUAAACAGUCUUCUCAAUAAUGAUGAAGCAGCAAUAUAGCCUACUGCAAUCCUUAAGUAGGAAAAAAUUAGUAAAAUAAUACUACUAAGUAAACAAGAAAUAAGUCUUAACAGAAUAUAAAAAUCUUGGUAAACAUAACAUGGUAGUAAUUCUGUACUGGUAAAACUGUUUAAUGGUCUCGCAUCACAAGUUGAUUUAAAUUUGAGAAUUGUUCAACCUAUUUAGUUGACUAUGUAAAGUAUCUCGUCAAACCUGGAUUCCUUAUCUUACUUCCCUCUCACCCCUCCCAAAAAAAUGGCAAUCCACCUAAAUUAAGUGUUUCUUCUCAUCUGCAUCUCGUUUAUUCUAUCUAUGUACCAUAUCUGAUUUUAUGUUUUGGGUGAACAAAGUCUCAUGGUACCCCUCUCUCUUUAACUCUUUCCAUUUGAUUUAUUAGGUAAUAAUUCAUUUGGUUAUGACAUGGGUUGGUGGAAAGAGGAGCAUUUUAAUGCAUCAGAUGCAGAUGGAGAUGGUCUAUUGAAUAUAACCGAGUUCAAUGAUUUUCUGCACCCAGCUGACACAAAAAACCCUAAGUUACUUCAGUGGUUGUGCAAAGAGGAAGCCAUUUGUUUUCUUAGGGAAAGAGAUUCAGAUGGUGAUGGGAAGGUUAAUUUCAAAGAAUUUUUCCAUGGCCUCUUUGAUUUGGUAAGAAACUAUGAUGAAGACAGUGAUAACUCUUCACAUCCUUCUGGUGACUUAAUGGAGACACCUGCCAAAAAUAUGUUUUCUAGGCUUGACAAAGAUGGUGACGGAUAUCUGUCUGACAUAGAAUUGCUACCUAUAAUAGACAAACUUCAUCCAUCAGAGCGUUACUAUGCAAAACAACAGGCAGAUUAUAUAAUAUCUCAGGCAGAUACAGACAAAGACAGACGCCUAACCUUGAUAGAGAUGAUCGAAAAUCCUUAUGUAUUCUAUAGUGCUAUUUUCAAUGAUGAUGAUGCUGAUGAUUAUGAAUAUCAUGAUGAAUUUCGUUAAUUUCGCUGUAG